UUGUGAGAGGCUUUCUGUGAGAAAAGCAUCUGAUUUUUCCGGGUUAUUUUUCACACAUUUCCUGGACACUUUUCCGGCCGCUUCACUGCCACAUCCAUUCGUCACAAUGUCUAGCAGUGCAGGAAGUUCACAGAAUGAUGAGCACUUUGACGAUUUCUACACAGAGGUGAAGGAGAUUGAGCGUCGGGACUCUGUGCUGACGAGUAAGCAGCAGAUUGAGCGUCUUCUGCGUCCCGGAUCCACAUAUUUCAACCUCAAUCCAUUUGAGGUGCUGCAAGUGGAGCCCGAAACGCCUGUGGAGCAGAUCAAGAAGAAGUACCGGAGCCUGUCGAUUCUGGUGCAUCCGGACAAAAAUCAGGAGAACUUAGACAGAGCGCAGCAGGCGUUCGAGAUAGUUUGCAAGGCGUGGAAGACGCUGGAGAGCGACGUGACGAGGAAGAAGUGCUUGGAUGUCUACGAGGAGGCCAAAGAUCGCACAGAUCACAUGAUUGCAGAGAAGCGGAAAAAGAUGAAGAAGGAGGGACGCGGAGAUUUGGCCAUUCCUGAGGAUGAUCCCAGCAAGUACAAGCAUGCUGUGUAUGUCAUGACAAUGAAGCUGUUCGCGGACAUGGAGCGUCGCCGACAGCAGCUGGAGACGCGCGACCAGGAGGAGCGCAAGCGCAAGAGGGAGGCGGAAAUUGAGGAGGAGGAGCGGAUCAAGCAGGAUCGCCUGUGGCAAAAGUCCUGGGAGGAGUCACGGCAGAGCCGCGUGGACAGUUGGCAUAGUUUUCAGGCGGGCACGUCUUCGUCGAAGAAAAAGAAGAAGAUCAAGAAACCCACGGAGUUCAAUCCACCGAAACUGAAGCCGGAAUCGCGAUAAGGCCGGUGAGGAGUCGCAAAUCAACGCACAUCACCAAUAGAUUGGUCAGGACUUUUUCAUUUCCGCGAGGGAAAUCCUCGCACAUCAUUCUCAGCGCAGCAUAGAACCCGAUAA